GAAAUUUCUUUGGACCCAUCUUGUACCAUCUUUAUCACCAUGAACCCAGGCUAUGCGGGACGCGCUGAACUUCCCGAUAAUCUGAAGGUGAGCUCAGUCACAUGUAUCGCACUUGCGGAGUUCUACUUGAUAUACCCAUCGCCUUCACCGAUCAAGAACCUCCUUUCUCCUUAUUUCCUCUUGAUGUCAGUAUGUACCUUGUUGUACACUGUUGUCCAUUGAUUUCUAUUGGUUAUGACGAGGAGAAUUGGCUUGACAUGAAUCAGGGACUUUUUUUCUCGUAGAUCAUCACCUAUAACUGGACUUUCUAGUCUUCUCAGAUAAGGACGAUGAACCGUAGUGCUCGUCUCACAACCCUUGCACAUAUAAAUUCUGUGGGACGUUAAAGAACCCACACACUGUCUGUAAAGGGUAAGGGACGUAGUCCCCGGGGUUGUAGGCCGACUAUCUGAUGGGGGGAGGGGACUGUUACGGGCCCCCAGUAAUUGGCGUCACGCGCUGUUGCGGUGACUCUGACAAAAUUGGCGAACUUUAAGUAAAUAAGUAAACCAUUUGCUUAUACCCCUAAUGUGUCUGUGAAGAAUCCCCCUUCUUGAUGGCCUCUUUUAACCUGUUAAACAGUUUCUGACGUUUCAGAGGCCUUUAGGUUCUAGGACGAGAACGACUACGAGUACGAGUUUUGACACCUCGGAAAGCUUCAUUGUACUUUUUUGCUACCAGAAAAGUUAGCACUGUUAUCUUUAUUGAAAAAGGUUAAGCCCUUUCUCGAUCGCAAAAUGAUAAAACUUCUAACAUUUGGUAACUUGUUUCCGCCAUUACGAUAUUCUCGCUAAAACCAGUAGCAGAAUGAUGUCGGCUAUCACCUUUUCCCGCCAAAAUGACGCUGACUCAGCGUGAGAAAAUCUCGUACUCAUAGUCGUCCUCGUCUACGCGUCUAAAGCUCUCUAUUUUUAUCAAUAUUUAUAGGUUCUCUUCCGUACAGUUGCCAUGAUGGUUCCAGACUAUGCACUGAUUAGUGAGAUCAGUUUGUAUUCCAUGGGAUUUGUCAAUGCUCGAAGCCUUUCCGCCAAGAUCGUGGCAGUCUACAGACUCUGCUCUGAACAGGUGCGUUAACAGUUAUAUUUCCUACCUGAAAAAAACGUUAGUAG